CAGAAGUUCGCUGGCAUUGGAUGCUGUUCUAUGGAAGAUUUUUUAAAUAUCUAAAGGGCAAGUAAAUCGUGCGACUUCUAAGACGGUCUGACUUGAAGAGCUUGUCAAGUGUUGCCAAGGUCGCCAGUUUUCCCGUCAGCCGGUCCGUUUAUGGAAGACAGGUGAUGCCUGAAGGAUCCCACAGCUCCCCGUCUCACAUCCCCAUGGGUGAAGAGUCGCCUCGCCUGUCCAUCGCCUCCAUCAGCAGCGAUGAGCCGUCCGCCACGCCCUCUGACCCCUCCGACCCGCCGGCGUCGGGCCAGCGCCCGCUCAGCCUGAUCUCCACGCUGUCCUCCGGGUCCGGGUCCUCCAGGGACGACUACGUCGCCCCGCCGCCGUCCUCCGGCGUCGACCUGAACCAGAACCCGAGUCCUGAGAAAAGGGGGCGGAGCUUCGUUCACAACAAGAACAACAACAACAAAGCGGCGACUCCGAGCCGAGCGUCCAGCCGCCGGCAGCCGGCGCUGCCCUUCGUGGGCGCCACCAUGGUGCCCGACCCCAAGCUGAAGUAUCUGGACCGCAUCGUCAUGGAGAUCAUCGAGACGGAGCGGAUGUACGUCAGAGACCUGAAGAUCAUAGUGGAGGAUUACCUCGCUCACAUCAUCGACGAGUCGGAACUGUCCAACCACCCCAAGCUGGUCUGCGACCUUUUCGGGAACAUUGAGGACAUCUACGAGUUCAACAGCGAGCUGCUGCAGGACCUGGAGCAAUGCGACAACGACCCCGUCGCCAUCGCCAGCUGCUUCGUGUCAAAGAGUGAAGACUUCGAUAUCUACACCCAGUACUGCACCAGCUACCCAGAGUCGGUGGAAGCGCUGACGAAGUGCAUGAACAAUAAAUCUGUGGCCAAGUUUUUCCGGGACCGCCAGGCGUCGCUGAAGCAUUCGCUGCCUCUGGGCUCCUACCUGCUCAAACCCGUCCAGAGGAUCCUCAAGUACCACCUGCUGCUCCAGGAGAUCGCGAAGCACUUCGGCCCUCAGAAGGACGGCUACGACGUGGUGGAGGAGGCGCUCUACACCAUGACCUGGGUGGCCUGGUACAUCAACGACAUGAAGAGGAAACACGAGCACGCCGUGCGGCUGCAGGAGGUCCAGUCUCUGCUGGUGAACUGGAAAGGUCCGGACCUCACCACGUACGGCGAACUGGUGCUGGAGGGAACCUUCAAGGUUCCCCGGGCCCGACACGAGCGCACGCUCUUCCUGUUCGACCGCAUGCUGCUCAUCACCAAGCGCCGCGGCGAGCACUUCGUCUACAAGACGCACAUCUCUUCGUCGACGCUGCUGCUGAUCGAGAGCGCCAAGGAUUCGCUGAGCUUCAGCGUCAGCCAUUACAAACACCUGAAACAGACUCACAACAUGCAGGCGAAGACGGUGGAAGAGAAGAAGCUUUGGGCUCAUCACAUCAAACGCAUCAUCUUGGAAAACCACCAGGCGGCCAUCCCACAGAAGGCCAAGGAAGCCAUUCUGGAGAUGGACUCCAUCUGUCCGGCCCGGUACCGAUACAGCCCAGAGCGGCUGAAGAAGGCCGUGACGGACGAGUUUCCCCGAGACGCUCGGCAGGGCCGCAGGCAGUCGGUUCCAGUUCUGGUCCCAGUCCUGGUUCUGAUCCUGGUUCCGGUCCCAGUCCUGGUUCUGGUUCUGGUCCUGGUCCUGGUCCUGGUCUCGGUUCUGUUCCUGGUCCUGAGCGGGUCAGGGGACCGGUGCAGAGCGGGUCAGGGGACCGGUCGGGGACCGGUCAGGGCCCGGUGCAGAGCGGGUCAGGGGACCGGUCAGGGGACCGGUCAGGACCGAGACCGGACUGCUUCGGUUCCGACGCAGUGA